CCAGAGGCCGGCCGCUGCGCCUGCGCAGUUUGUCCGGGACGGAGGCGGCCGCGGCCCAGGCUUGGGAAAGCGGAGCGGCGGCGGCGGAGGCGGCGCCUGCUGCGGCUUGCGGCGGGGCCGGCGGCCUGGGGGAGACGCGGAUGUGACCGCGGCUGGCUGGGCUGGGCCUCGCCGGCGGGUAGCCAGGGCCGGGGAGGGGGUGAGCGCGAGCGCCCCUCCCCCCGCUCCUCACGAGGGGGAGGGAAGGAAGGGGGCUAUGCAGCCGCCUCAGCCGCCCCCCUACGAGUUCCUCAGCGAGGAGAACGGGCAGAAAUGGCGGGGGCUCCUCGUGCCGGCCCUGCGCAAGGUACAGCAGCAAGUCCACCCCAACCUUUCAGCCAAGGAAGAUUCCCUCUACUACAUCGAGGAGUUAAUCCUUCAGUUGCUAAACAAGCUAUGCAUUGCACAGCCACGGACUUUUCAAGAUGUAGAGGAGCGAGUUCAAAAGACGUUUCCUCACCCCAUUGAUAAGUGGGCGAUUGCAGACGCACAGUCCGCUAUUGAGAAGCGGAAACGAAGAAGCCCCCUCUUGCUGCCUGUGGACAAAAUACAUCCUUUAUUAAAGGAGGUGCUUGGCUAUAAAAUAGAUUACCAUGUGUCCCUUUAUAUCGUGGCUGUCCUGGAGUAUAUUUCGGCGGACAUCUUAAAACUCGCUGGCAACUAUGUUUUCAACAUACGACAUUUUGAGAUCUCGCAGCAGGACAUUAAAGUAUCGAUGUGCGCUGAUAAGGUUUUAAUGGAUAUGUUUGAUCAGGAUGACAUUGGCUUGGUUUCUCUCUGUGAAGAAGAGCCCUCUUCCUCGGGUGUGCUCAAUUACUAUGACCUGGUCAGGACUGAAAUUGCAGACGAAAGACAGUAUCUCCGGGAGCUGAAUUUAAUAAUAAAAGUGUUUAGAGAAGCCUUCCUGUCUAACAGAAAGCUGUUCACACCUAAUGAUAUUGAUAUGAUAUUUAGCAACAUCACAGAUAUCCACGAAUUGACAGUAAAGCUCCUGGGGUUAAUUGAGGACACUGUGGAAAUGACUGAUGAGAGCAGUCCCCACCCCCUGGCUGGAAGUUGUUUUGAGGACCUUGCAGAGGAACAAGCCUUUGACCCGUAUGAGACCUUGUCCCAGGACAUCCUUUCACCGCAAUAUCAUGAACAUUUUAAUCACUUGAUGGCUAAACCUGCUGUGGCUCUUCACUUCCAGCAAUUGCAAUACUGUAGUAAAGAUGUAGAGGACUGCGAAUGCUUGAAACAAGCCAUCACAGCUCUCCUGAACCUCCAAUGUAGCAUGGAACGCAUCUAUAACAAGCACUCACCUAGACGCCGGCCUGGGGAGCCAGUGUUUUGGUUCUAUAAUCGCCAAGUAAGAAGCAAGCACCUUGCCAUUAAAAAAAUGAAUGAGAUCCAGAAGAACAUUGAUGGCUGGGAAGGCAAAGAUAUCGGCCAGUGCUGUAAUGAAUUCAUAAUGGAAGGGACGUUGGCACGAGUUGGAGCCAAACACGAGCGGCACGUCUUUCUUUUUGAUGGUUUAAUGAUCAGCUGCAAAGCCAACCACGGUCAGUCGCGGCUCCCAGGCUACAGCAACGCAGAGUACCGGCUCAAGGAAAAAAUUGUCAUGAGGAAAGUCCACAUAGUUGAUAAGGAUGACACAUGUGAAUACAAGAAUGCCUUUGAACUGGUCCCUAAAGAUGAGAACAGCUUUAUGUUUGCGGCCAAGUCUAGUGAGGAGAAGAACAACUGGAUGGCAGCUCUCAUCUCCCUGCAAUACCGCAGCACCCUCGACCGAAUGUUGGAUGCAGUGCUGUUGAAAGAAGAGAAUGAGCAGCCCCUGCGGCUCCCCAGUCCGAGUGUCUACCGCUUUGCAGUGGAGGACUCCGAGGAGAAUAUUGUUUUUGAAGACAACCUCCAGAGCAGGAACGGAAUUCCCAUGAUCAAAGGUGGAACCGUAGUGAAGCUCAUUGAAAGACUGACCUAUCACAUGUAUGCAGAUCCUAAUUUUGUGCGUACUUUUCUUACCACGUACCGCUCAUUUUGUAAGCCCCAGGAACUCCUAGCUUUGUUGACAGAACGAUUUGAAAUCCCAGAGCCUGAGCCAACAGAAGCCGAUAGGCUGGCAAUAGAGAAAGGAGAACAGCCAAUCAGUGCAGACCUUAAAAGAUUUCGCAAAGAAUAUGUCCAGCCAGUGCAACUCAGGAUAUUAAAUGUGUUUCGGCACUGGGUGGAACACCAUUAUUAUGACUUUGAGAGAGAUCAGGAGCUACUUGAUAAAUUGGAAACAUUUAUUUCCACUGUAAGAGGCAAAUCCAUGAAGAAGUGGGUGGAAUCCAUUGUCAAGAUCAUCAGGCGGAAGAAGCAAGCUCACGCAAAUGGCAUUAGCCACAACAUAACUUUUGAGAGCCCUCCGCCCCCAAUUGAGUGGCACAUCAGCCGCCAGUUUGAGACGUUUGACCUCAUGACGCUGCACCCCAUAGAGAUUGCUCGGCAGCUGACUCUCCUGGAAUCUGAUCUCUACAGGGCUGUCCAGCCAUCUGAACUUGUUGGGAGUGUAUGGACAAAAGAAGAUAAAGAAAUUAAUUCUCCAAAUCUGCUGAAAAUGAUUAGGCAUACCACAAACCUUACGCUUUGGUUUGAAAAGUGCAUUGUGGAAACAGAGAACUUUGAAGAGCGAGUGGCCAUCUUAGGCAGGAUUAUAGAAAUCUUGCAGGUUUUCCAAGACUUGAAUAAUUUUAAUGGUGUGCUGGAGAUUGUAAGUGCAAUGAAUUCUGUCUCCGUGUACAGACUGGAUCACACAUUUGAGGCACUGCAGGAGAGAAAAAAGAAAAUUUUGGAUGAAGCAGUAGAAUUAAGUCAAGAUCACUUUAAAAAAUACCUUGCUAAACUCAAGUCAAUCAACCCACCCUGUGUGCCUUUCUUUGGAAUAUACUUAACAAAUAUUCUGAAGACUGAGGAAGGGAAUCCCGACUUCCUUAAAAGACAAGGGAAAGGAUUAAUCAACUUCAGCAAGAGGAGGAAAGUGGCUGAAAUCACAGGAGAAAUCCAGCAGUAUCAAAACCAGCCAUACUGCUUACGGGUCGAACCAGACAUACGGAGGUUCUUUGAAAAUCUCAACCCCAUGGGGAGCUCUCCAGAGAAAGAAUUUACAGACUACUUGUUCAACAAAUCGCUGGAGAUUGAGCCUCGAAACUGCAAGCAGCCCCCUAGAUAUCCCAGGAAAACCAACUACUCUCUGAAAUCUCCUGGAAUAAGGCCGAAUGCAGGCAGGCACAGCUCCACUUCAGGCACACUGAGGGGCCACCCAACGCCUCUCGAAAAGGAGCCCUACAAGAUCAGUUUCAGCAGAAUUACAGAAGCCGAACACGAGCCUGCAGCAUCAGCACCAACCUCGCCAGUCAUACCAUCCACUCCGCCGGUGUCUGCAUCUUCAGACCUCAGCGUGUUCCUAGACAUGGAUCUCAACAGCUCUUACGGUAGCAACAACAGCAUAUUUGCGCCUGUCUUUUUGCCGCAAUCAAAGUCAUUCUUCAGCUCAUGUGGGAGUUUGCAUAAAUUAAGUGAAGAAGCUCUGGUUCCUCCUCCUCUGCCUCCUCGCAAGAAGUUUGAUCACGAUUCUUUGAACUCCAAGGGCAGUUCCAGAUCCGAUGAUGAUCCUCCCGCUAUUCCCCCCAGGCACCCACCUCCUCCAAAGAUACAGCCACGAGUCCCAGCUUACACUGGUCUGCUGCUAAGCCCUCCGCCGCCUCCUCCCAGGGAUCCGCCUCCUCUUCCUGACACCCCUCCUCCAGUGCCCCUUCGCCCUCCAGAGCACUUUGUGAACUGUUCGUUCAAUCUCCAGCCACCACCCGUGGGGCGCUUUCACAGGGACCCCGACCGGCUGCGGGAAGCCAGUACGUGCCCGAGCUCGCCCAACACUCCUCCGAGCACCCCGUCGCCUCGCGUGUUGCGGCGCUGCUGUGCGCUCAGCCCAAAUCCCAACAGCCUCGCAGCUCCCCCGGUCCCACCACGCCACAACUCCAGCCCUCUGCUGCCCAAACUGCCACCAAAGACUUACAAGAGGGAGCUCUCCCACCCUCCUUUGCACAGACACUCGUUGCUAGAGAACGCAGAAACUCCUCAAUGACCUUCACAGCAGUAGUCAUGGACACUGGAAUUGUAGCUGUAAAGUACCCGUUUUCUUUUAAUUUAUUCCAGCAAGGCAGUGGAUUUGAGUACUUUGGAAAGUUAACACUUGUACCCAGAGUGCUGCUGGUCGUUCUCAAGCAUUGGAGCAGCAAGAACAACCUCCUGCCGCCCUCAGCCUUCAUACCCACUCGCAACAGCCUUCUGCUCAGGGGAUCAGUAGCACUGCCGCCUCCUCCUCCUCCUCCUCCUCCUCCUCAGUGCCGACCGUUUUGCCAGUACAAAGAAUAUAGAUUUUUGCACUGUAAAUGACACACUACACUACUUCUAAACUGACAUGUUCAUUGCACUGAGCCAAAAAAAAAAA